UUUCGGAUAGAAAGUGAGCCUGGUUUCCAGCUGAGUGCUUGCUCUCUCUCUCUCUCUCUGUGUGUGUUGUCAUUAUUAUCCAGUCUGCUCCCAGCUCAGAAUGGCCAGAUUCACUCAGACUGAAACAAGAAGGCAGCAGCAACCACAGCAGCCCCAUCCCGCUCACACCAGCCUGGUUUUCACUGGACCUGGGGCAACACCGAUCCAACAACCACUACUACUUAUCCCUCACCAGCACCAGUACUCUCAGAUCACAUUUCCUAAACCCAUGAACGGGUCAGAAUCCAUUUCAAUUCAUCCGGAGAGCGGCAACAUGAAAGACCAAGAUGCCAUAAAGCUGUUUAUCGGGCAGAUACCGCGGAACCUAGAGGAAAAAGACCUGAAACCUCUGUUUGAACAGUUUGGGAAAAUCCACGAACUGACUGUUCUGAAGGACCGAUACACCGGCAUGCACAAAGGCUGCGCGUUCCUCACCUACUGCGCCCGCGAGUCGGCCAUCAAAGCCCAGAACGCCCUCCAUGAACAGAAAACACUGCCAGGGAUGACUCGGCCCAUCCAGGUGAAGCCGGCUGACAGUGAGAGUCGUGGAGAAGACAGGAAGCUGUUUGUGGGGAUGCUAAACAAACAACAGACUGAGGAGGACGUGUACCGCCUCUUUGAGCCCUACGGAGUCAUCGAGGAGUGCACCGUCCUAAGAGGUCCCGACGGAAACAGCAAAGGCUGUGCCUUUGUAAAGUUCUCCACACAUGCUGAGGCCCAGUCUGCAAUCAGUGCCCUUCAUGGCAGCCAGACCAUGCCAAACGGCUCCGAUUCUCUCCCCCCCCAGGGCGCGUCCUCCAGCCUGGUGGUGAAGUUUGCCGACACCGACAAGGAGCGCACCAUCCGCCGCAUGCAGCAGAUGGUGGGCCAGUUUGGCAUCUUCAACCCAGCCAUCGCCCUGCCAUUCAGCACCUACAGCACCUACGCACAUGCAGCACUGCUGCAGCAUGACAAUGAGCUCAUGCAGCAGCAGGCAGCCAUUAUGGCAGCGAGCCACGGGGGCUACCUGACGCCCAGCAUGGCCUUCCCCGCCACCCAACUCCACCAGAUGGGGGCACUCAGCAUCAACGGCCUCCCACCCAACUCCAUGACCCCGGUGUCUGGGGAGUUCCACCAGGCACUGGGUCUUAGCUCUCCACCAGCGAACAUCACCACUCCCAGCAUCGUCACUCCCAUCGUCAACGGCUUCACGGGCAUCCCCCACCAUCAGCCCAACGGACAUCCCGCCGUGGAGACCAUGUACAGCAACGGCCUGCCGUCCUACUCCACCCAGAGCCCCACCGCCGCAGACACCCUCCAGCAAGCCUUCACCGGAGUACAGCAAUACACAGCUAUCUACCCAGCUGGCACACUGACUCCCAUAGGCCAGACACUGCCUCAGCCAUCCCAGGUCAUCCAGCAGCAGCAACAGAGAGAAGGUGAGGGGCCCGAGGGCUGUAACCUGUUCAUCUACCACCUGCCACAGGAGUUUGGAGAUAAUGAACUCAUGCAGAUGUUUCUGCCUUUCGGGAGUGUCAUCUCCUCCAAGGUCUUCAUGGACCGAGCAACCAACCAGAGCAAAUGCUUCGGGUUUGUGAGCUUCGACAACCCAGCUAGCGCACAGGCAGCUAUUCAAGCCAUGAACGGCUUUCAGAUUGGAAUGAAGAGGUUGAAAGUCCAGUUAAAACGACCGAAGGAUGCCAGCCGCCCUUACUGACACAACCUAGCCCUCAGUGUUCACUGCAACAGCACAGGUUUUGAGGACAACUGAAGAUAUCUUGGAGUUCAACUUUUUUUCUUUGAAAACAAAAAUUAUGUUAAAAAAAAAUCCACACAAGGAAUUUUCGAAGACAUAUCAGCAUUUACUUAUGAUGAAGACGUAGGCUAUUGCAAUGAUGAAGAGAUUGAAGAAGGUGUGAAGGAGUUGGCAGCAGCUACACCGAAGGACUUCAACGCAACAAACGGCACAGUGCAAGAAAUCCAAGAGAAGUUUAAAAAAAAAAAACUGAAAAAAGAUGUGAAACUUUUCUUGUUGAGACUUGAAUUGUUAAUUAAGCAACAAACAAACAAAAAAGCAGCAACAACAAAUAGAUUUCUAUAUACGUAUUAUAUACACAUAUAUAUAAAGAAGGAGGCGCUUGUGGCUUUUACUAUACUGGAUAAAUGAGGGUUAACACUUGAAGAUCAAGAAAAACAGUGGAAAAAAAGAAGCUAUUCUGUCCUAUUGAUGGACUUUCUUUCUCUUUCCCUCUUUCUCUUAUUCUCUCACCAUCUCUCAGCAAGCGCCAGACUAUGACUUUCUGGGGUCACUGAGGUUUCCAUUAGCUACAGUACAACUGAAAAUCUUUCACCCCUAAGGGACCAAAGGACCAAACAUUUUUAUUGCUCUCAACAGUAAUAUAAUAUAGUAUUAAUGAUACUAAUACUACAAACUACUACUAAUAAUGUUACAAGUUAAAACUUAAGAAGAAACUUACUAGCUUCAGGUUGGAGCAGGAAAAGGGGUUUUUCUUUUAUUUUCCUUUUACAUUUAUAGCUACUGGGUUUGAGAAUAUUAAAAAUCUUUAAAAAAAUAAAAAAUAAAAAAAGUAUUUUAAAAGCUAUACUAUUUUAGUGGACGUAGAAUAUGUGGAUUAGAGAUUGUUUUGGGCAUGUUCAGAUCUGCUGUUAGCAGUCAUCAUUCCAAAUCUGGACUCAUCAUCCUGGACAUAUCUCUCUAGUAACUUCUCUGUGUUGAAGGAACAAAGCAACUCUGAGUAGCUGCUCAUAAAGCGCCACACUGUAGUGCCAAAAGAUAUCCCGGAAAUUGUGUCAAACCAAACAUUCAAGACAUACAGUGUAUUGAACAAUAUUUUAAAUCUUCUGCUGUUUCUAGUCCCCCUGUCAGCGCACUGCAUUCCAUUGUGAUGUAUUAUCAUUGUAGACCACCAUCUUUUUUUAUUGCAGAAAAAGGCAUUCCGUGUCAGGAAAAAGCGAGGCAGCGUCAUUAAAGCACUGAUAAUACAGAUAAUCUGACCAUAAAGCACAGCUGUAAAAGUGCCACCCGGUAGUGUGGAUACGGAGCAGUAAAGAAGCUCAACAUCUUUAACUGGUUAAUAAAAUAUACAAAUUACCCUGACAAUGGUUAUAAAAUUGCCAACCAAGCGUUGCAGUGCCUACUGGGUCCUGCCCCCUACCUCUGCCAGCUUUC